CAGUCCCAAGCGCGUCUCUUAUCAAAGAAACACACCAACUGCAUCGAAUCAUAUCAUUAUCAUGGGGACUGUUUGUUUUUCAUGGCACUUUUGUUUGUUUUUCGCUCUCUUAUAUACUGGCAGGUUUGCGGGAGGCAAUGGGGUCCCAGAUGCUGAUGAAUGUGCCGAAGGGACAGACGACUGCCACAUUGAUGCAAUAUGUCAAAAUACACCUAAAUCCUACAAAUGCAUCUGUAAACCGGGUUAUAAAGGAGAAGGGAAACAAUGUGAAGACAUCGACGAGUGUGAAAAUGACUUCUACAAUGGGGGUUGUGUCCAUGAGUGCAUCAACAUUCCAGGCAACUACAGGUGCACGUGCUAUGAUGGAUUCAUGUUGGCCCAUGACGGUCACAACUGUCUUGACGUUGAUGAGUGUCUGGAUAACAAUGGAGGAUGCCAACAGAUUUGUGUGAACACAAUGGGCAGCUAUGAGUGUCAAUGCAAGGAGGGUUUUUUCCUGAGUGAUAACCAGCACACCUGUAUUCACCGCUCCAAUGAGGGUAUGAACUGUAUGAACAAAGAUCACGGGUGUGCACAUAUCUGCCGGGAGACGCCCAAAGGUGGGGUUGCCUGUGAAUGUAGGCCUGGCUUUGAGCUUGCCAAAAACCAGAAGGACUGCAAAUUAACCUGUAACUAUGGAAAUGGAGGCUGCCAACACACCUGUGAUGACACAGAUACUGGUCCUGUGUGUGGUUGUCAUCAGAAGUAUGCCCUGCACUCAGAUGGCCGAACAUGCAUUGAGAAGGAUGAGGCUGCAAUUGAGAGUUCUGAGUACAAUGCCACGUCAGUAGCUGAUGUGGACAAGAGGGUGAAACGGCGGCUACUUAUGGAAACAUGUGCUGUCAAUAAUGGAGGCUGUGAUCGUACUUGCAAGGAUACAGCGACAGGGGUACGUUGCAGUUGCCCAGUUGGAUUUACCCUGCAGCCUGAUGGGAAAACAUGCAAAGACAUUGAUGAGUGCUUGGUAAACAAUGGUGGCUGUGACCAUUUCUGCCGAAACACUGUUGGUAGCUUUGAAUGCAGCUGCCAGAAGGGCUAUAAACUACUAACAGAUGAACGAACCUGCCAAGAUAUAGAUGAGUGCUCAUUCGAAAGGACUUGUGACCAUACCUGCAUCAACUACCCAGGAAGUUUCGAAUGUCUCUGUCACAAAGGCUACACCUUGUACGGCAUGACACACUGUGGAGAUGUUGAUGAAUGUAGCAUCAACAACGGUAGCUGCGACUAUGGGUGCAUUAAUACAAUGGGGAGCUAUGAAUGCGUCUGUCCACCUGGAAAGAAGCUACACUGGAAUAAAAAGGACUGUGUUGAGAUGGUGAAAUGCCUCCCAAAUGCCAAACCAGCUCCUAAAGCGCAACUUGUCUGUAGUAAAUCAGGAGGACUAGAGAGCUGCUUUUUGUCAUGCCCUUCCAAUACCCUGUUUGUUCCAGAUUCAGAGAAUAGUUACACACUGAGCUGUGGAGUUCCAGUCCAGCAAGGCAAAGCCCAACAGAAACGCAACACAACACUUCCCAGUUGUGCAGAUUCAUUAGCCCCACCGAUCAAGCAGAAAGCUCGCUUUAAAAUUAAAGAUGCAAAAUGCCAUUUACGGCCUCGCAGCAAAGAAAAGAUUAAAGACGUUGGGAAGCAAGCUAUUAUAGGAGGUCAAUUCCCUUGUACAGACAACUGCCAGGUGACUUUUGUGAACCUCAAGUGUGAUUCCUCCAAGAAAAAACGUCGGGGCCGCAAGUCACCAUCGAAAGAAGUGUCCCAUAUCACUGCCGAAUUCGAAGUGGAGAUGAAGUCUGAGGAAGUCUCAGACACCUGUAACCUUGACUGUGUGCGGAAAAGGAUGGAGCAGAAGCUGCAAACUGCAAUCAAAACAUUGAGAAAAUCUAUUAACAAACAGCAAUUUUACAUUCAGUUUUCUGGGACAGAGUACGAAGUGGCUCAUAAGCCAGCUAAGGCUACUGAAGGACAUGAAGCAUGCAGUACAGGGCAAGUGCUGCAGGAUGGAAAAUGUGUUACCUGCAGCAUGGGAACCUAUUAUAGUGGAGAACAUAAUCAGUGCCUUCCUUGCUCACCGGGAACAUACCAAGACACAGAAGGUCAACUUACUUGUGAACCUUGCCCAAGUAACGACGGACAGGGAAUAGCAGGCGCGCGUAAUGUGUCAGAAUGUGGAGGGCAGUGUUCUCCUGGGUAUUUCUCUUCAGACGGCUUUAAACCUUGUAGAGUGUGCUCUCUUGGUACAUAUCAACCUGAGCCAGGCAGGACCCUUUGUUUUCCAUGUGGCGGUGGACUGGUGACAAAAUAUGAAGGCGCUGUUUCAUUUCAGGACUGUGAAACAAAAGUUCAUUGUUCUCCUGGCCACUACUACAAUUCCACAACACACAGAUGUAUCAGAUGUCCUGUUGGAACCUACCAGCCUGAAUUUGGUCAAAAUUACUGCAUUAGCUGCCCUGGGAAUACAAGUACAGAUUUUGAUGGCUCUACUAAUGUUACACACUGUAAAAACCAGCACUGUGGAGGGGAACUUGGAGAUUAUACAGGCUAUAUCGAGUCUCCCAAUUAUCCUGGUGACUACCCAGCUAAUGUUGAAUGCAUUUGGAAUAUAAAUCCACCCCCGAAGAGGCGAAUACUCAUUGUGGUUCCUGAGAUAUUUCUUCCAAUUGAAGAUGAGUGCGGUGAUGUUUUAGUAAUGAGAAAAAGUGCCUCCCCUACGUCAAUUACCACAUAUGAAACAUGUCAGACUUAUGAGAGACCAAUAGCAUUUACCUCCAGAUCACGAAAGCUAUGGAUUCAGUUCAAAUCAAAUGAGGGAAACAGUGGCAAAGGAUUUCAAGUCCCAUAUGUGACAUAUGAUGAGGAUUACCAACAGCUGAUAGAAGACAUUGUUCGAGAUGGACGAUUAUAUGCAUCAGAAAAUCAUCAAGAAAUUCUAAAAGACAAGAAAUUGAUCAAAGCUCUCUUUGAUGUAUUGGCACAUCCUCAAAACUAUUUCAAGUACACAGCACAAGAGUCAAAGGAGAUGUUCCCACGAUCAUUUAUAAAGCUACUGCGAUCAAAAGUUUCCAGAUUUCUACGACCAUACAAAUAGCUUCCUAGUGAUAUUCAAUUUGGGGUUAUUUUGCAUUCCUGUCAAAUAUUGUAUUUUACUCCACAGUAGAAACAUUUGCUAAUUGGAAGGCUAUUUUUUUGCAGUCUUUAUUUUCAAUUAUAUAUUGAAGAAUAAGUAUAAUGUUUUAUAAUUGUUAAAAGCCAAUAUUCUGAAUGGGAUUUUUACUUCAAAGAAGAUACUUGUGGAUCCUUGAGUGCAUCCAAUUGAAGAUCCAAAUUUGUGUCUGCACUAGUGUGUCUUCAUGUUUCAUUUGAAAAUGUUUGUUUUAAAAAAUAUAUUUUCUAAGCCUUUUUAUUUUCUAGCGAAAAUAGUUUUCUUCUAAGCAAAGAAGAAACCUAUUCGAACUGGUUAAACAAACUACCUGUUUUGUGAUAGAAAGGAGUAUGUAGCAUAAAUACUAUUUGGAUUUUGAAUUGCACUUGAACUUUAUAUUUGAAAUUUUAGAAGAAAACAAAAAAAAUCUAAAUUUUGUUAUUUCCCAUUUGUGGUUUUGUGGAGACUUUGUUCUAGUAUAAACCAAAAAAAGGAAGAAAAAAAAAGAAAAAAAAGGAAAUGGAUGUAUAAUUUUGUUUUAUGGAUUAUACAAGAUUGAAUCCCAUGCCCUCUCUGUUUUAUCUGCCCUAUUAUAGCCUUCUUCAAAGGUCUACCACUACCUGUCCUGCUGCGGAUACAGUCAUGGAAUUUUGUGUGCCAUUGGGUCUCUUUGAAGACUUUUACAAUAGGGUGGAUGAGAAACAAAGAAAAAAAAGUAGUAGUCCGUUUUUCUUUUCCUUAUUAGAGCAUCUAAUUAAGUACAAUAUAUAAAUAUAUAAAUAUAUACUUCUAUUUGUGGGUACAUUAGUAAUAUUAUCUUUAGUUACUGUAAAUAUUACUCAGGCUUAAAUCUCUACUCCCACGCACAGUAUUUACUCGUAUCUAUUUGUGACUUCACUUAGAUGAUUAAAUAACUUCUCCGAGUGCUUGUAACUUCUGUUUAUCCCAAACUGAAGUAUCUUUGAAUUUUAUGAUACAAGAAAAGAAUAACUUUCACUUAGACAGUCUUGUCAAGCAUAAAUUAUUCGGUGGAAGGAUGAGAGAUUUUAGUUAAUGUAAAAUUCAUUAUUUUGCUAACUACUUUACAAUAUCUCAUUCAGCAAAUAGUCCUAUUCUUCCUCCUUAUUCAGGUACUCCUUAUGUCAAAAUCAAUGGGAGUUACUCCUGAGAAAGGGGCAAUGAAUAGGACUUCAGGAGAGAUUAACUUUUACAUUAGAUUUGUCAUCACCAAAUCAUUACAGAAAUAUACCUCUUGUAUAAGCCAAAUUUCUAAAGGGGAAAAAACAGAAAUAAUUUUUGCAAUCCAUUUUAAAUAUUUUUAAAUUAAUUAAAUAUACACUAGUAGCCUGAUCCUGCAUUCCUUGGGCACCCAAAACUCCCACUUACUUCAGUAGCAGAUUCACACCUAAAACAUCCAUUAGCUUCACAGGAACAUAAGAAAUUUCCAUAGUAGGUCAGAUUAGCGGCCAUCUUCUGGCAGCAGCAAGUACUAGAUGCAUACAAAGAAGGUGCAAGAAUCCUGUAAUCCCCAUCAGUUUACUGACAUAACAGUGGAUUUCAAUGAGAGAUUGUAUAUUUUUGUUAGCACCACAGCCACUUCAUUUUUCAGUUCCUUCAGAACUCUUGGAUGUGUACCGCCUGGGGAUUUGUUUAAUCUACUAGGGAAGUUCACCACCUUCCCCUUCGUCCCUCCUCUUUAUUAUCUAAGGAGAGUAGGUGUCACCCCAAUAUCUCUUGUGGUGAAGACUGUGGCAAAUAAAUCAUUUAACUUUGCUUCUCUGCUGCUCCCUUAUCUCUCUGAUAAUCCAAGAGACCUAUGAAUUCUCUCAAAGACUUUGUGCUUCUGAUAUAUACUUUAGAGAUGUUUUACACUAAUUUAUAUGCAUAUGUUUUUAUGUCUGGCUAAUCGCUCUUCAAACUCCCAUUUGGCUUUCUUAAUUUCCCAUUUACGUUUUACUGGCAAUAGUUUCCGUUCCUUUCUCCUGGCUACAGUUGAGCUGGAUUGCCAUUUCCGGAACGAUACCUGUUUGGUUUGAAUCCCUUUUUUUAAUCUGGCCAUUUAGCCUUCUGGGGGAGAGGGAAGUUGCCUUUUUUCCUGUUUGUUCUGUUAUAGUGUGCUGAAAUGUCACCAGGCUGAUUUUAAGUUCUUCAUUUUUGUUUGAAGGGCCUUUUUGAGUUGCUUCCUCUUUUUUAAGGAAAAUUCUCCUUUCAGAAUUGAAUGUCAUUGUGCUCGCUUUUAUAAGAUCUCUUCCUCAAGGAUGAUAAACUUAGGCUGGGUCUACACUACCCGCCUGAAUCGGCGGGUAGAA